AUGUCUGUCCCUUCUCUCACCAGCUACGUCGUCAAGCGACCAUACCUCAAGCGCUGGCUCCAGCCCAUUGCUGAGUGGUACACCAACGCUGCCGGAUACCGCCGUCUCGGAUUGAGGGCCGACGACCUCAUUCCUGAGGAGAGCGAACUCGUCCAGCAAGCUAUUAAGCGUCUUCCUCCCAAGGAGGCCUACGACCGUGUCUUCCGUCUCCGCCGCGCUUUCCAGUGCUCCAUUUCCCACACUCUUCUUCCUGCCGAAGAGCAAACAAAGCCUGCUGAGGACGUUGAAUAUCUCAGCCCCAUCAUCCGCGAACUCCAGAAGGAAGCCCAGGAACGUGAGGAUUUGGACAACUUGAUCGUGAAGCGAAAGUAA